CAGACUAGGCCGACUGGGCCCUCCUUCUGACCUGCCCAAGACCCCGCCCACCCUAAUGUAGGCGAAAGGUCGGCGGAACCUGUCUUGUAGCCUGGGCAGCCGAGCAAGACCUAGACCGCCCCGACCUGCCAGGCAGACAGAGAAGACUGACCAUGGCAGAAGAGCCGAAGCCCAUCAGUCCGCUUAAGAACCUCCUGGCCGGCGGCUUUGGCGGCGUGUGCCUGGUGUUUGUGGGGCACCCACUGGACACGGUCAAGGUCCGACUGCAGACACAACCACCAAGUUUGCCUGGACAGCCACCUAUGUACUCCGGAACCAUCGACUGUUUCCGGAAGACGCUUAUUAGAGAGGGCAUCACAGGGCUAUAUCGGGGCAUGGCUGCACCCAUCAUUGGAGUCACCCCUAUGUUUGCUGUGUGCUUCUUUGGGUUUGGUUUGGGGAAGAAACUACAGCAGAAAUCUCCAGAGGAUACGCUAAACUACCCGCAGCUGUUUGCAGCUGGGAUGCUGUCUGGUGUGUUCACCACAGGAAUCAUGACCCCUGGAGAACGGAUCAAAUGCUUGUUGCAGAUUCAGGCCUCUUCAGGGGAAACCAAAUACACUGGUACCUUGGACUGUGCAAAGAAGCUCUAUCAGGAGUUUGGCAUCCGUGGCUUCUACAAAGGGACUGUGCUCACUCUCAUGCGAGAUGUUCCAGCCAGUGGGAUGUACUUCAUGACAUAUGAAUGGCUUAAAAAUCUCUUCACUCCAGAGGGAAAGAGCGUUAGUGACCUCAGUGUGCCUCGGAUCCUGGUGGCUGGAGGCUUUGCGGGGAUCUUCAACUGGGCUGUGGCAAUCCCUCCAGACGUGCUCAAGUCUCGGUUCCAGACCGCACCUCCUGGAAAAUAUCCUAAUGGUUUCAGAGAUGUGCUGAGAGAGCUGAUCCGGGACGAAGGAGUCUCAUCCUUGUACAAAGGGUUCAAUGCAGUAAUGAUCCGAGCCUUCCCAGCCAAUGCAGCCUGUUUCCUUGGCUUUGAAGUUGCCAUGAAGAUCCUUAACUGGAUUGCCCCCAACUUGUGAGGCUGAGGACUGUUCAAGACUUCUGGAUGCUGGACUGCUGUUGCUAAGAAGCAGUGGGCAGGACUAGGUAGUCCUGAAGGGUGAGGGAGGGAAAUGGUGGAAUCAGAGCUCCAGGCAUGGCUAUGAUGGUGAAAUUGUUGCCUUAACAACAUCCUCUACCUUGUAUAACUUGGUGUGCCAUUUUGAAACUUGAAUUUAGAAGAUUUCCAGAGAAUUGGAGAUGGAAUAAAUAGUUUAUAGACUUACUACCUUUGACCAAAUUGCCACCUCCUGGUUGACUGACGGCUCUACUGCACUCAGAGUACUCCUCGCUGAAGAGUUGAUGGCUGACUCUCUGGAGGCCCCUUGCCUGUUUUCAACCAGCUAAAUCAGGAGCUGGGAUCUUCUGUCGCUAGCCAGGAAAACCAAGCAGAUUUCUGUGGUGCCAUCUACUCCUGAGCUGCACAGAGCGAUGUAGGCGUGAAGCCCACAUCUGUCUACCAAAUGGACUAGGUAGAUAUACCUAAGAACAGACCACCUAUUAACUAUUGUUUGAUAUUUUUACACAAGAAUAUAAUAAAAAAAAAUAAACAAGAAUUGUCUAAAUUCCCAGGAGAAGGUGGAGAAUUUUCCCUCCUACUCAGUGAAGACAGCCCCAGCCUCCUGGGUAAAUGAAUGCCAUAAUAUAGGAAGGCUCUUUUUGCACAUUCUUUCCCCAUGAGAGCACCCAAUUUUAACAGGAAACAAUAAAUAUUGUUUCUAAUUUUUGCAUCAUGUGAUAUUUUAUCUUGUGGUUCAGGGACAGUUCAGCAGGGUUGGGAAUGCCUUCGGAGGCUGUCCGGAAUCAGUGUCUGUUCCUGGGAGCCAUGGGCCGGACCUCUAGCAGGCAAGAAGGAGGUUUUACUGGCUUGGACUUCUCUGGUUCUCUUGAUAUUGCAGGGAGGAUGGGUUUGGCGGGGAGGCUUCAUUGGAUUGAUCAUAAUAAAGUCCUUGGUGUCAGUCUGGCAGGCAGGCCACCCCGAAACAAUCUUGUAAUCCAUCAUUUCAAAUUUAUUUUCCUUUCGUCCUGAGCUAC